AUGUCCGACGGGUCUUUCAAACAAAAGUCCCAAGGUUCCGACAAGAGGAAGAAGAAAUAUCGCUCGGAUGGUACUCCAAUCUGGAGCAAAAGACACAUCGAUGGACCUGGUGUAUGGGUGAGCUGUGUCAAAGGCAAGGAAAAGCAAACGGUCGGCGAACUAUAUGAUUUAUUUGACUCGCUAGCGUCGGAUCUAUGGCCGCUCGCAGGUGACGAGAAUGAUCUCCAUUCCGAUUCAGAUGACGGUACUGGGGCUGCCUCAUUGAGUCUCGAAGCUCAAAUAUCCAAUGAGAUAUCGGCGAUGAAAAGACCUAGACACGAACAGAGGUUCACUAACUGUCAGACAAACACGCCUUGUGUGGUCUUUAUAUCCUGUAAACCUCCGGUGGAUCCUGUCCGAUUGGUCGAAACGCAUAUCCGGAAUGUCCAGAAAACAGGAUUCAUGCGUACAAGAUACUGUCAUAGAUUUGUGCCGGUAUCCGGAUCAUGUGUCACAAAUAUACCGGAGAUACAAGCACUGUCUCGUUCUACGUUUGAGCCUUUUUUUGCUCGUGAUCCGGAGCGAAAAUAUAGCUACAAGAUAGAGCUUCGAAUCCGAAACCAUACAUCGCUGUCUCGCCCCACCGUCAUUCAAACCAUCGCCGACUGCGUGCCAGAAGGACAUGUUGUCAAUUUAUCGAAUCCCGAUGUCUUCAUCCUAGUGGAAGUCUUCAAGAGUGUUCUCGGCGUCGCUAUCACCCAAGAAUAUUACAGUUUGCACAAGUUCAACGUUAUGGAGAUCUCGACUCGUACCCAGAAUCAAAGCGGGGGGAAUUGACGAAGAAAGUCGCGCUGACAAAAUAUGAGCCUUGGUUUCACCAACGUAUGUAGAGAGCAUCAAGCUUUAUUAACAAUAUGCCGCCUAUGUACAUAUGUUAUUGGGAUACUAGUACUACGUGCGAAAGCAUGUAAAUAAUUGUGCUAUGAUUAUUAAUCCAUUAGGUACCAGGACUUACAACAAAACAUCGU